AAACCCCCCAACCCACAUCGUCGCCUCCGCCACCACCUUUCUCCCUCCCACUUCUCUCACCCCACCCCCGAAAGAAUCGACCGCACAUUCGCACCUUUGCUCCGAUGGGUCGCGGCCGCCCCAAGAAGCGACCCCCGGUAUCCUCCUCCUCCGAUUCGGAGGACGACCUCAUGUUGCCGGUCGGCGAGGAGGUGGAGGUGCGCAGCGACGACCCGGGCUUCGUCGGCUCCUUCUACGAGGCCACCGUAGCGGGCCACCUGCUCUCCAGCGGCGGCCGCGGCUGCUACACGGUGGCCUACUCCACCCUCGAGGGCGAGGACGGGCAGCCGCUCCGGGAGACCGCGGAUGCCGCUGACGUGCGGCCCCGGCCCCCUCCCCCUCCCGAGGAGGAGGGGCGGCGGGGGUUCGCGGUCUACGAGAUGGUGGAGGCGUUCCACAACGAGGGGUGGUGGGCUGGCGUGGUCUCCGUUGUUCCGCCGCCGCAGCCGGUGGUUGGUGGUGAUUGCGGGCCGAGGGUUUACAAGGUCACGUUCCCGACGUCCAGGGAGCUGCUGGAGUUCGAGGAGACGGCUCUGCGGCCGCACCGCGUGUUCCAGGAUGGCCGGUGGGUCCCGGCUGCAGAGGUGGACAAUAGAAGUCCUUUGUUCAGUGAGGGAGUCCAUGUUGAAGUGAGUCAGUCUGCAAAAAGAUUCGGUGAAUCAUGGAGUCCAGCUACUAUUUCUAAAGUGAUUGGUGCUACAGUUUUCCUAGUACAGUACAUGCAUACUGGAGAGGACGGGGAAUUGGCCACUGAGAUUCUAGAUUCUCAAUAUAUUCGGCCAGCACGCGACAUCAACUCUAUGGACUCUAAGUACAGAUUUUCUCCAUCUUCACAUGUUGAGGUCUUCCAUGAAGGUAGCUGGUGGCCUGGUGUUAUUUUGGAGGUUUUAGGUAGUGGAAUCAAGAAGAAGUAUGUAGUAAAUUUGAAUAAUCACGAUCUGUUGACGGUUGAAAAUACGCUGCUAAGGUCACAGUUUGACUGGGACGGCAAAAAAUGGGUACGCUGUUUGAAAGAGAAACCUGCCAAUCCACCUGGAUUAACUUCUCGAAAAAGGUCAAUUUCUGCUGCCUUGUCAUUGUAUAAUGAUGGCGGUGAAGUCAGUAAUAAACCUAGUUCUUGUGGUGACAAAAAGUCCAAGAAUGCAGAUUUAUCAUCAAAGAUAAUGUCUCCUCUCCUCCCUGUUUGUAAUGAAAAUGAUGAAGUCGAUCAUCAGUCCAGCUCUUAUCCUGAAGAAACAGUGGAGCAAGGGAACGCAGUACUUGCAUUAGGGUCUCGGUUGUCACUUCCUUCACUGCCAUUCAUGGCAGGAUUUGGUCAUCUGAGUUCAUCUUCAGUUACUCAAAGUAGUCAUCUUGAACAAUCAUCUUCUCAGAUUAUUACUAUAUCCUCUAUGCAACAAAGUCGACAGUUACAGGCUUCGUUAUUUGGAGCAUUUGGGCAACCAAGACCUGCUCCACAGGGCCCACUUUUAGGAACACGAUCAUUUAACACAGAAUUUCGCAGUAUUAAAGGGUCAAAAAAAGUGUUAACUGAUCCAGAAAAGCAGUCAACUGAUGAAUUCUGUUAUCUAAUGGCAAGUACUGAACAGAAGAAUCUAAAUGUUGGAACUGGGAUUGAUCACCCUGAAACUCCAGAGAAGGGGAUAUAUUCUAAAACUAUUGAGGAAGCCAGCAACAUUAUAGCUAUCUCUGAAGACUUGUCUGAACUGCCUAAUGAUGUGACUCCUGAAUGUGGAAUACCUUCAGAAAUGAAUAUGGAGAUUUAUAUUGACCUGACACCACGAGAGGACACAAGAGGGUCACAUGAAGGUAUUGAUGAGGAUAAUCAAGGGAAUGUGGCUGGGUUACCCAGUAAUGGGCGUUCAACACAGUAUACCAAUAUUGAUAGUCCAUUGUCAGUCACAUCUUUAGCUGCACUCAAGGGUGACGUAGUUAUUAUGGAGAGUCCAACCAAGAAGUUGGCACCUAAUGAACAACAUACCAUGUCACAACAAGGUCGUACUUCAGCAAUGGUAGAGUGUGCAGGUGAAAGUAGCCAAUCCAUCAAGAGGCCAACAGUAACUUUGUUGUCUUCAGUUGGGACGAGCAAUUCUACUGAAACAGAAUCUUUGGCCAUCCAGCAUCUUCCAUUUGUGAAGACCUCCCCAAUGUGGGCACAGAUUGAGGCACUGGAAAUAUUCAGUAAAGUGCCACAGCGACCAAAUUUCCAUCAGUUUCAACAGUAUGGUGUGGAGAUCAGUGAAGGAAUGGCAUUAGGUUUGAUGUUCUCUUUUGCUAUUUUAGCAGAAAGUAUAUACAGGCUGGAUGUUCAGGAUGACCAGGGACUACUGGAGGAGAAGAUGAAAAGCCUUUCUUCACUCGAGGAAAAUGGUUUUGAUGUCAGGGACCUGAGAUCACGGCUAGAAACUUUGAUCCACGUGAAGAACAGUCGUGUCCAGCUACAGGAUGCUAUGAAAGAGUUGGGGGAGAGGAUCACCCACAAAGAAACCGAUGACCGAGAACUAGGCACUCAAAUUCGCAUGUUAGCUAUGACUGUCCAUCAUCUCGAACUACAUGCCUACCUCUUGCGCGGGAUACUACGAUCUGCGACCUCACAGAAGAUGAACAAUGCCAUGGAUAUCUUGAGACUUAAAACAGAAGUGAGCGAGCUCGAGCGAUCGUAUCUAUCCCCAUGGUGAGUUUGAUAGGACAAAUAAGCAGGUAAGCUUGUGUAUGUAGUUACUAUGGUAAAUGGAGAACACCCAGAUGUUUUGGUAAGUAGGAGUAGUUCCUAAUGUUAUUGUAUAGUUAGCCAUGCUACUGGUGGAUCUUUUGGUUAUGUAGAACACCCAGAUGUUUGUGUAAGUAGUUCGGAAUGCUAUCCUAUAGUUAACCAUGCUGCUGGUGAAAUCUCUUGUUUAUGUAGAACACCCAGAUGUUCGUGUAGGUAGUUCGUAAUGCUAUCCUGUGGUUAUCCA